CCUCGGCGAGGCUCCGCCCACCUGCCGUACCUCCCACACUCACCCUUCUUCCUGUUCUCCUACGAUCUGGAGGAGCAGGAGGAGAACGCAGCUCAGAAGAGCAGCAGGUAGACGCUUCAGCCGCGCGUAUCCCAUGAUGCACCUGCUCACGCGUGUCUCUGACCCCACCGAGGCUUUACCUGCUGAUUCACUCCUCACUGAUUCACUGGGCCCCUGAUGUUCUGUCUGCAGUGUGAAUGCGUCACGUUACGGUUGUGAUGUUGAUGUUUCAGCUUUAGGUCGUUUUCUGCUGUAAGUGCUUUAUCCACACCAGCCAAACAACACAGUGACAGGCCUGCUCUGGGCGGCCUGCUGUCGUCCUCGUACCGGCAGCAUCAGGAGUCUCUGGCGGCGGAGAGAGAGAGACGACGCGUGGAGCGAGAGGAGCGACUGCAGCGCAUCGAGAGAGAGGAGCGCAACCGACACAGUCGGGACUAUGUGUCGAACAUGGAGGAGGCCAGACACGCUCGAGAGGAGAGGUUUAGGACGGCCGAGCGUCUGGCGGCGGAGGAGUUCGAGCGAGAGCGAAUGCAUUCAGCGACUCGAGGUCUCAGCCUCACUCUGAGCCCGACAGACACCUGUCAAUCAUCCCGCAGUGCCACGCCCUCCUCUGUGACAUCACAGGAUGAGCAGGACACGCCCAUCACGUCGUACCCGCCCUCUGAACCAGACACUAAUGAUCUAGAACCGGACGUGGAGGCCAAUCUAGAACCUGAGGAGAAGGACGCAGAAGCCAGAGAAGAACAGGAGGAGGAAGUGGAGGAGAUACGUGCUGAACAGGAAGUGGGCGGAGCCGAGGAGCGGGCGGAAGAGGAAGAGGAGGGGUCUGAACGGGAAGCGCCGGAUGGAGAAGCGGAGGACAGCGGGAUCUUGAGUGAUAAAGAACGACAGAACGAAGAAGUGAACGAGAAGGACAACUGCUCCGCCUCCAGUAUAUCCUCAGCCAGCAGCACACUAGAAAGAGAAGAUCGGCUCACUGCAGGCGGAGCGGAGACGGGUCAGUGGUCAGCUCAGAGCCUCAGAGACGACAGCGUGAAUGAACAACGAAACAAGAUCCUCAACAGCAAACUCUUCAUGCUGGACAUGCUCUACUCGCAGAGCAAGAAACCCUCGGAGGAAGACGAGGACGAAGACGAGCUGGCCGAAGACAAAGAGCGAGACGCGAAAGAAAAGGGUGAGGAUUCGUCACAGGACGCGACGCCACGGGAAGAGAUCUCUGCUAAGAGUGAAGGAGACAAGAAAGUGGAGAACCAGAGCAACGUGCGGGCGUUCGCAGAGCGCUUCGGUGACAUAGUGAAGGGUCUCACCUCUCCACCAAUAGAAACGCAUGAACCUCCUCCUCCGCUGCCACCUCCAAAGAAGGAGUCGGACUGCAUCUGGGACCAGCUGAUGGCGAGUCCGCGGGAUCUGCGCAUCGGCGACAUCGACUUCACCGAUCUGGGAGACGAGGACGACGAGGACGCUCUGGACUCUGGGAGUUUAUAUAACUCCGGCGAUCUGCUGGCUCCGCCCCCUCCACCACCGCCCUGCCCCUUUAACCUCCCGGCUCCGCCCCCUAUGUUCGGCUGCCCUCCGCCCCCUCCCAUAUUCAGCAUCCGCGUGCCUCCGCCCCCUCCCUGCUUCUCCAGCCAGGCUCCGCCCCCUCCUCAGCAGGAGGCGGAGCAACCUCCACUCUUCCAGAAGAGGAAGAAGACCAUCCGCUUGUUCUGGAGUGAAGUCCGGCCCGCUGACUGGAUCUACCGCAACCACAAGCGCAGCCAAGAGUCGCUCUGGUCCAGACUUGAACCUGUCAAAGUUGACACGGCUAAACUUGAACACCUGUUUGAAAGCAAAUCCAAAGAGAUGCCCGUGACUAAAAAAACGGCAGCAGAUGGGAAGCGGCAGGAGAUCAUCAUUCUGGACUCCAAACGCAGCAACUCCAUCAACAUCGGUCUGACGGUUCUUCCACCGCCGCGCACCAUCAAAACUGCCAUACUGAGCUUUGACGAGUACGCGCUCAACAAAGAGGGCAUAGAGAAAAUCCUGACGAUGAUUCCCACAGAGGAAGAGACGCAGAAGAUCCAGGAGGCUCAGCUGGCGAAUCCUGACAUUCCGCUGGGCAGCGCGGAGCAGUUCCUGCUGACACUGUCAUCCAUCAGCGAACUCUCAGCACGCCUGCAGCUCUGGGCCUUCAAACUUGACUAUGAAGCCACCGAGAAGGAAGUGGCCGAGCCUCUACAGGACCUGAAGGAAGGCAUGGAUCAGCUGGAGAAGAACAAAACUCUGCGCUUCAUCUUGGCGACUCUGCUGGCGAUCGGAAACUUCCUGAACGGCUCCAACGCCAAAGGCUUCGAUCUGACGUAUCUGGAGAAGGUUCCUGAGGUGAAGGACACGGUUCAUAAGCAGUCUCUCCUGCAUCACGUCUGCAGUAUCGUGGUGGAGAACUUCCCCGACGGCACAGACCUGUACUCUGAGAUCGGCGCCAUCACGCGCUCCGCUAAGGUGGAUUUCGAGCAGCUGAAGGAGACUCUGACUCAGAUGGAGUGGCGCUGCAAAGCAUCAUGGGAUCACCUGAAAGUCAUCGCGAAGCACGAGAUGAAGCCGGCGCUGAAGCAGAAGAUGUCAGACUUCCUAAAGGACUGCGCCGAGAGAAUCAUCAUCCUCAAAACGGUCCACCGCAGGAUCAUGAACAGGUUUCACUCGUUCCUGCUGUUCCUGGGUCAGCCGGCGUACAGCGUUCGUGAGAUCAGCGUGACUCGGUUCAGUAAACUGCUCAGUGAGUUCGCUCUGGAGUACCGCACCACACGCGAGCGCGUCCUCCAGCAGAGACAGAAGCGCGCCGAUCACAGAGAGAGAAACAAGACACGAGGGAAGAUGAUCACAGACAUCAGCGCACAGACGGAUGAAGAAGAGGACAGUGAGGCGGGUCGUGUGUGUGUGAGCAGCAGCAGUACCGCUCCCGCUGUCGGACCGCAGACGGAGCCGCUGGGUUUGUGUCAUGCUGAGGACGCAGUCGAACACGAGCAGAUGAAGGCCGUGCUGAAGAGCAGCCUGCAGAGAGAAGACCGAGACAGAGACAGAGACAGCACCAGCACCAGCACUGGGAUAACAGGCCUGAGGACGCGCACACGCACACGCGCCAGCAGAGGCCGCAGUGCUUGGGCCGCAGGGAGUGAGGAGUCUCAGUGUGUGACGGACGACGCUGCAGACGAGAUCAUGGAGAGAAUCGUACGCUCGGCCACACAGAGCCCAAGAGAACGAGCGCAGCCCCGUGAACGACGCCGCUCACGCGCCAACCGCAAGUCAUUGAGGAGGACUCUGAAGGGCGGUCUGACCGCAGAAGAAGCUCAGGCGCUGGGUUUGGACACGUCAGAGAUGCCGGUGUAAACGAAGCACACUGACGCUUUCGCCUUCAGCAGAACUCAUCUCAGGACAACAGAAUCACCAGGAUACCACAGUAAAAACUGUUUUAGAUCAUGAAACGGCUGCAGAAGCGCUUCACCCAUCAUAUAUACAGCAAAGCUCCGCCUCCAUUGUGUGUUUGAUUCUAAGCCACGCCCCCUCAUUACAUACACAUCUCACCAGCUAAUCACAGGCUGCCGCUGUGAUGAUGUAAAAUCCCUUUACAGAAGCAUGUUCAGGAAAAGGAAAGCCAAGAAUAUGUUUUCACCCUGACUGAACACUAUUUGAAUUAUUUCUAUUGAAAACUUUAAAACACAGAGGAAUGGUGAAGUGUGGCUUUAAGUUUCCAGUCACUUGAUUCACUUUAUGUUUGCAUCAGUCAGAUCAGUGAAACUGUGCUCUGAUACUUUGGAUUAUUUAUUGUAAAAUGUACAACAUGAAGGUACAACUUUAUAAGAGACAUUAAAUGUGUUUAUUUUUUAAAUCCUACAAUUCUAGAUCUGGUUUUCAGACAGUGAAACACUUUUUUAGUUAAAAUCAACAAAGUGCAGUUCAUUUUUGUAUCUUUUGUCAUAUUGAAAUGUUUUAACCCUCGUUACGCAUUCAGUUCUGUUUUGAGCUGGAAGAGAUACAGAAACAUUUCUAAACGAUGCAUGGUUUUUAGUAAGGAAACAAAACUUUGCAGAUGCUUUCAGACCCUCAAAAUACACUUUUUUUUUUUA